AUGGCCCUUCCAGCUUGGAAUAUCCUUCGUGGUAAAACCGCCGCUAUCACGGGUGGUACAACGGGAAUCGGCCGCGCAAUCGCCCUCGAAUACAUCAGGCAGGGAUGCAAUGUUGCGAUAAACCAUUUGGGUCUGCCUAAAGAUGAACAUCUUCGUCACAGCCUUUUGGAAGAGGUGGAAUCAAUACAUAAGAAGGGAACACACUCUGCUGGGCAAGUCCUAGAGAUUGCAGGCGACGUGACAAACCCCGAGACUUCGGCGACAUUAAUAAACGAGGCUGUCAAGCGCUGGGGAAAGCUGGAUGCUUUUGUUGCCAAUGCAGGCGUUUUCAGACAGGCUGAACUUCUCGAAAUCGAGCCCUCCCUUCUAAACCAGAGCAUAGACGUCAAUGUCAAAGGCACUUUCUACUCGUGCCAGGCUGCAGCACGCCAAAUGGUCAAUCAGGGCCAGGGAGGUUCUAUAAUCAGCAUCUCGUCCGUGAGCGCCCUUGUCGGUGGUGGGCUCCAGACGCACUAUACUCCAACAAAGGCAGCAGUGCUAUCGCUCAUGCAAUCAAUGGCCAUAUCUUUAGGAAAACACAAGAUCCGUUGUAAUGCGCUGCUCCCAGGGACCAUCAAUACGCAGUUAGCGGAUCAUGAUAUGAAAAACCCAGCGAAGAAGGCCUAUCUGGAGGCGCGGAUUCCUCUAGGGAGGGUCGGUGAUGCAGAGGAUAUGGCCGGGCCAGCGGUGUUUCUGGCGUCUGAAGAGAUGAGUCGCUAUGUUAAUGGGUCGGGAUUAUUGGCAGAUGGGGGGAUGUUUAGUAACUUGCAGUAA